GGUUACGACCGCGCCGCCCUCCAUAUCCGACAGGAGGAGCGAUACCUCUUCCAUGAACGAGAAGGGCGAGGUAUGGCAAGGAUUUGAGGACGACGUCUUGCCAGAGAAGACGCAGGGCUGGCUCGUGCGCAACCUACGCUUCCAAAUCAUGUCGCUUUACCGCAGGCUAUUCGGUAUCGUGUUCGCGACGAACAUGGGCAUUUUCAUCUGGUACUGCGUCAAGGGCGCGAACGCGAACCAGCUUGGCAAGGUCGUUAUUGGGAAUCUCUUCACCGCGAUUUUGAUGCGGCAGGACUACGUGAUAAAUGCUUUCUUUACCGUUGCUUGCUUGGCUCCACAGUCUUGGCCAUUGUGGAUUAGACGUAUCCUUGCAAGAGUCUACUCCAUAGGUGGAAUUCACUCGGGGGCCGGAGUCAGCGGAACCGUAUGGCUGGUCCUAUUCGUCGCGCAGGCGACUAGAGAGUUCAUCAAGAAGGAGAACGUCACUGUCCCUACGCUUGCAGUCUCUUAUGUCAUCUUGGCACUCCUCCUUGCUAUGGUUAUAUUCGCCUAUCCCAAAUUUCGUGUCGACCAUCAUGAUGCAUUCGAAAUUAUCCAUCGGUUUGCUGGAUGGCUUGCAGUUGCUCUUGUGUGGGCACAGGUCGUCCUUCUCACGAGCGACUAUCGCGCACCGGGAGAGAAGCUUGGCUAUGCUGUUGUACACACUGCGCCGUUCUGGCUUGUUUUGAUCAUGACGUGUUCCAUCAUCCUGCCCUGGCUUCGCCUUCGCAAGGUCCCUGUGCGCUCAGAGGUGCUCUCGGAUCACUGUGUCAGACUCCACUUUGAUUACGUUGACACCCACCCGGGACACUUCACGCGCAUGUCGCUGGACCCACUGCUCGAAUGGCACUCGUUCGCGACUAUAUCCGAGCCUGGCAAGAAGGGCUACUCUGCUGUUGUUUCCAGAGCGGGCGACUGGACUAAGAAGCAGAUCGGCAACCCGCCAGACAAGAUAUGGAUCCGAGGUAUUCCGUGCUACGGUGUCGUCAGAGUGACGCCGCUCUUCCGACGGGUGGUCAUGGUCGCGACAGGGAGUGGCAUCGGACCCAUCGCGCCCGUUGUCUUUGCCAAACGCACCGAGAUCCAGUUGCUGUGGACGGCCCCCGCGGUGCGCAAGACGUUCGGGGAUAAAUUGGUGGACUCGCUGCUCGAAGCUGCUCCGCAGUCCGUGAUAUAUGACACGCGUGAACACGGAAGGCCUGAUCUUGUGAAGCUUACAUAUCGCAUGGUGCGCGAGUUUAAUGCAGAAGCUGUGGUCAUCAUCUCCAAUCAGCCUUUGACGGAGAAGGUGGUAUAUGGUAUGAUGAGCCGUGGCAUACCUGCUUUUGGCGCAAUCUGGGAUUCUUGAGUCAUCUCGGACAAUAAUCUAGACCUAGACCUACUGUUGGUAUCUAUUUUCCCAGAGUGGCUGCACGAUAGAUUCGCUGUGCGAACUGAAGAAUGUAGAACACGAGUACUUGUGUAGAUAAUCAUCGAAAUCCAUGAGCGACAUGGGCGCCCAGGUUUGGGGCC